AUGGCAGCUCAGCAAUCCGACAAUGUAGCCCACGCCCUCUCCGGCGCAGGCGGUGGCCUCCUCUCCAUGGCCCUCACGUACCCCCUCAUAACCCUCUCCACACGCGCCCAAGUCGAAUCCACCCGAAAGCGCACCACAUUCCUCGAAAGCACGCGCGCCCUCCUCGCCCGCGACGGCCCCUCCGGCCUCUACGCCGGCCUCGACUCCGCCCUCGUCGGCAUCACCCUCACCAACUUCGUGUACUACUACUACUACGAGUGGUCGCGCGCGGCCUUCCUCAAGGCCCGCGCCACCCCGCGCCUCUCGACCCUCGAGUCCAUGCUUGCGGGCGCCCUCGCCGGCUCCGCAACCGUCAUGCUCACAAACCCCAUCUGGGUGAUCAACACGCGCAUGACGACGCGCAAGCGAGCCAACUCUGUCGGCGCGCUCCCCGGCGCCCCAGAGGCCAAGGCGCCGUCCACCAUCGGCACGCUGUUGGCGCUGCUGAAGGAGGAGGGGCCGCUGGCGCUUUUCUCGGGUGUUCUGCCCGCGCUGGUGCUGGUCAUCAACCCCAUCCUGCAGUAUACGCUGUUUGAGCAGCUGCGGAAUGUGGUGGAGCGGAGGCGCAAGGUUACGCCGUUCAUCGCGUUCCUGUUGGGCGCGUUGGGCAAGCUCGUCGCUACCAGUGUGACAUACCCAUAUAUCACGCUCAAGUCGCGUAUGCACGUUGCUGGACGUGGGGGAGACAAGGAGGGGAUGGGACAGGCCAUGAGCCGUAUUAUCAGGGAGGAGGGAUGGGCCGGUCUGUACCGCGGAAUCGGACCAAAGGUUACGCAGAGCGUGUUGACUGCUGCGUUCCUUUUCGCCUUCAAGGACGCGUUAUAUGCGCAGACCGUUCUUCUCCGCCAAAAGGCAGCUCUCAAGGCCAUUGCCAAAUAGAGGAGCAAUAAUGACCGGCUAGAACACCACUAGCAGCGGAGUGUAAGAGAUAGCCACCAUAGGGCGUAGUGGAGGAUAGACUGGUUAAAGAGCACGCCAGGGAAACGUAUUGACGCGUUUCCAAGUACCAAUACUCAACGAAGGAGGCGUCGUAGUACUGCCACGCCAUGUUGCACACCAGAUGUAACAAUUCUUCUGUAAAUAUUUCAUUUUUCAUCACAUCAGUAAGCAGAGUACAAACACGGCAUAUAUAGACUGGCAAAACCCAAGCCAUUAAAUUAAAUCAAGAAUUAAA